ACUUCCGGUAGUACUGAGCAUCUUGUCUAAGCAACAGCUGGUUUUGUUUUUGUUCUGGUUCUGAAGAGUCAAGUGUAAACAUUCUGUGUGGUUGAGGCAUUUCAAAAAAAGUGACCUCUGAUUAUGGAGAUCGGCGCGGAGAUUAGUCGCAAGAUCCGGGGAGCCAUUAAAGGAAAGCUGCAAGAACUGGGAGCCUAUGUUGAUGAAGAACUGCCUGAUUACAUCAUGGUGAUGGUUGCAAACAAGAAGAGCCAGGAUCAAAUGACGGAGGAUCUCUCUCUCUUCCUAGGCAAUAACACACAGAAGUUCACUGUCUGGCUGCAUGGUGUACUGGAAAAACUUCGUUCUGUAACGUCUGAAAAUCCCAACCCCAAACUGGCUCAGUCUGGCCUCUUUGAGAUGACUGAAUCCCAGAACAAAACUCGAUCAUCUGAUUUUCCCGACAGGACGGCAGAUGAUUCUUGUACUUUAGAUGUGUCCAGCACACACCCAGAGAAGAGUGACUCCUGGGUUUCAACCAGCUUUCCUUCUCAGGAGCACAGAGGACAUGAUACAAGGAGAUUGCCAGCAGAAGAGUCUGCAGUACGCAUCAUGUCAGCAGUGAAGCCCUUGAGGGAGUCUUCACCCUCUGAAGCUGUGAUUGAUAUUAAACCAGAAGCGGAUGAUGACCUCAUGGGUGAAGACUUGAAUUUUGCACAAGAACUUCCUUCUGGUCUAAAGAAUCCCCUUGUGGCAGUAACCUACAACUCACCUCAGGCCACUGCUCUUGUGACUGUUCCUGAAAAACAGCUGUUGGAAAACAAACAACACCUGUCUAGGACUUCAGAAAGCAGUGCUAACCUUUACAGACAGACACCAGUUACUAGGCAUCCAGACAUGCAGCUCUACAGACCACCUGAAGCCCUACGGCUUUGUACCUCUGAAUCUUUUAGCGGUAUAUCGGAGAGCUAUAGGCCUGCUCCAAAACCCAGCUCUGACAGAGGUGCCCGGGAGGAGGACAGCUUUCGGAAACGGAAGAUGCCAGUAAUUAGUUCUGUAGUCAGAGUGAAAUCUAUCAAUGAUGAUGAAGAAGAAGAUGAGGAAGAUGAUGAUUAUGCUAGCUAUGUGUCCCGAACAGGAAGCUUACCCAGCAGUGUCUUAGUGCCAGCAAAGCCUGAGAGAAGGCCAUCUUUACCAAUUUCAAAGCAAGCAAAUAAAAACCUAAUCCUGAAGGCAAUUUCAGAAGCUCAGGAAUCUGUUACCAAGACAACAUGCUAUCCUGCAGUUCCACAAAAACAGAUGGUGCCUGUUGCCCCCAGGACACGCAGCAUGGAUGAAGGCCUCAUUCAGGAAGUAGUCCCUGUUCAGACAAGUACUGCCUUGGGUACUAGACUACAGGGUGUCCUAACAGAGCAAAAGUCCCUUCCAGAAACACAAGCUCAGCAUUCAAAUGUGGUUUCCCGCCUACAAAUUGACCCAUCGGCUGUGGCAUUACAAAGGAACUAUGAUUCACAUGCUGCAGAAACCCUGUUACCAAGUGAUACUCGUUCCUUUAUACUGAAAACACCAGCGGCAGAGGAGACAACAUCAGUACCAAAGCCAGAGCUGAGAGAGUUACUUCAGAAGUCACAUCCACAGCCAAAGGCACGAAUUAUCCAGAGCAGAGAUACUCAUCGAGGAGAGAGACCCCCCAGCCCCAAAUUUAUAGUGACCCUGGAUGGUGUGCCCAGCCCUCCAGGUUACACGUCUGAUGUGGAAGAUGAGGAGAUGGGCAUCACUGAAGAAGAAGAGAAGUUAUCUAAAUCAAGUUUAGCACUGCACAAAGUGGGGAAGAAGAGAGUGCUAGAGUCACAGCAUCACAUUAUAUUCAGCCAGAUCGCUGACCCUGAUGUCAUCAUGGAAGAUGUGAGUGAUGAAGCUAAGCGUCAGAAGCUGUCUGAACGCUGCAGAUAUUGGCCUGCAUGCAAGAAUGGUGAUUCAUGCAUCUACCACCAUCCCACUACCCCUUGCAAAACGUUUCCAAAGUGUAAAUUUGCUGACAAGUGCUUAUUUAUUCAUCCAAACUGUAAAUAUGAUGCCAAGUGUACCAGACCAGACUGUCCUUAUACACACGCCAGCAGAAGGGUCCCUCCUCCUCAGCCUGCAGUACCAGUACCAGUACCAAUACCAGACACUGCUGUGUGUAAAUUUUUCCCAGACUGCAAAAAUAUGAACUGUUCCUUUUAUCAUCCAAAGCACUGUCGAUUCAGCACCCAGUGUAAGAGACCAGACUGUUUAUUUUAUCACCCCACAACUACAUUACCCCCACGGCAUGCCUUGAAAUGGUCACGGAAACAAACCAGUCAGUGAAGAACCUCCACCUAAAUUUACUGUUCGAUCAAAAUUCAAAAACAGGACAAAAAGAGAAAAGAAAAUUGUGACCAGGAUGAAGACAUUUCACUUUUGGUGCAACAUCCAGCUGCUAACUGCCUUCCUCAAACCUCUUGAGUUUAUCAACCUCUUUUUGUAUGAAUUUUCUACUGUAAAUCAACAUCAGUAAAUAAUCUUUAUGAAUAAAUAAGACGGUUUUAAUACUCUC